GUGGCACUGGGGGGGAAUCUCUUUGGAUUUGAGGACAGAUACGUCAGGUUGCUUCUUGCACUCUGGAUCACGAAGCUGCAAGAGAGUGUUGGUGCUUACAGGCACAAAGCAAAGAGAGGCAGAGAUCUGCACAUCAUCUGCUCAGAGAAGUCCAAGCCUCACCCGAAGCACGGCAGCCACAGAGGACCAUGGCAUUUGCAGGGAUGUUGAGCGACGAGGACAUCAAGGCUGCAGUCCAGGCUUGUCAAGCUCCGGGCACAUUCGACUUCAAGUCCUUCUUUGCACAAGUGGGACUGACUGGCUCAUCUGACGCGGAUAGAAAAAAAGUUUUCACCAUCCUGGACCAGGACCAGAGUGGAUAUAUCGAGGAGGAGGAGCUUCGACUGUUCCUGCAGAAUUUCUCGCCGGAGGCCAGAGAGCUGACUGUGGCCGAGACCAAGAACCUGAUGGCAGCAGGAGAUAAAGACGGAGAUGGGAAGAUCGGGGUGGAAGAGUUCUGUGAUCUCCUGAAGUAAAGAAAAACAAACAUCUGUGGCUACGACUGUCUUCUUCCCUAUUUUGAAUUAUGGAUUUCGGACGACUUUCCAGAUUGUUUGAUGCAAAGAUCAAAAACCUCAGAUGUUCUGUACCUGCCUGCUGCUCUCCCUGUUGAUGUGAUUCGAUAAAAUGUUUGGUGAACUGAUGGCUAAAGCUGGAUAUUAGAUGUGUAUGUGUUUAAUAAAUCAGGUACCUGAUUAAGAAA